GAGAGAGAGAGAGAGUCAGUUGUUUUAGAGGUUAGGGGAUCAAUGCACAGGUUUCUUUGGAGGCUAUCGGAACUGCAUGUUGUGGAAAGAAGUGGUGAGAAGGAGCAGCUUUGUUCAGCAUGCUUACUGAUCCUGAUUUACCUCAGGAGUUGAAGAGGAUGUCUUCCAAGCGACCAGCCUCUCCAUAUGGGGGAACAGAUGGAGAGGUAGUCAUGGCGACUAGCAGACAGAAAUUGGAAGGUGAGGAGAGUGACGGGUUCCCUGUCAUUCACCUACCCCUGAACUCAAGUUAUUCCGGCAAGCUUCAGUCUGAGGAGUUUCAGUCAGUAAACUCUGUGGCCAGGGAGACUAUAGGCCUCGACAGCCCCACUUCUUUUCACAACUCAAUGCAACUGGAUGGCAAUAAGGGUGCAUCGCUAAGUCCUUAUUCACAACAAAACUCAUCUACCUCACCAGUGAAGAUGGAAGAUGUUUCUCGCCAGGGCAGCGACUCUGGAUCCUGUGUCACACUAGGAACACCAGAAAGGCGUAAAGGCAGCCUGGCUGAUGUGGUUGACACACUGAAACAGAGAAAAAUGGAAGAGCUUAUCAAAAAUGAGCCUGAGGAAACCCCUAGUAUUGAGAAGCUUCUCUCAAAAGACUGGAAAGAUAAGCUCCUUGCUAUGGGAUCAGGCAACUUUGGAGAGAUUAAAGGGACUCCAGAAAGUCUAGCAGAAAAAGAGAGGCAACUAAUGGGUAUGAUCAACCAGCUGACCAGUUUGAGAGAACAGUUACUGGCUGCUCAUGAUGAACAGAAGAAACUUGCUGCAUCUCAAAUUGAGAAACAACGUCAGCAAAUGGAACUAGCCAAACAGCAACAGGACCAGAUUGCAAGACAACAACAACAACUUCUACAGCAACAGCAUAAAAUCAACCUUCUUCAACAACAAAUUCAGCAGGUUCAAGGCCAGCUACCCCCACUGAUGAUUCCUGUGUUCCCACCUGACCAGAGGACACUUGCUGCAGCUGCUGCCCAACAAGGAUUUCUCUUGCCUCCAGGCUUCAACUACAAACCUGGAUGCAGUGACCCUUACCCUCUUCAGCUGAUUCCGACUACCAUGGCAGCUGCGGCUGCAGCGACUCCAGGCCUGGGCCCACUUCAACUGCAGCAACUGUAUGCGGCACAGCUAGCAGCUAUGCAGGUGUCCCCAGGGACCAAGCUCCCAAACUUACAGAGUAAUAUGAGCAGUACACACUCUCCAAGUAGUGGCACAACAGAGAAAUGCAGGGGUACCCCUCCUCCCAAAACCAAGGAUGAGGGUGCACAGCCACUGAAUCUCUCAUCUAAACCGAAGCAGUCAGACAGCAAAUCACCGACAUCUCCAACAUCCCCUCAUAUUCCUGGAUUGAAAGUGAAUCCUGGGUCUUUAAAGCAUGGAAUUUCAGCUACUCUUGCCAGCCCGCCUUCCAGAGUCUCCUCUAUAGACCUUCUUUCUUCUAUCACAUCUGGGGGUUAUAUAAAUGACCAUGACACUGUCACCAAAGCAUUCCAGGAAGCCAGACAAAUUAAAGAACAGCUCAGGAAAGAGCAACAAGUGUUGGAUGCAAAGGUGGCCGUUGUGAACAGUCUGGGGCUAAACAACAGCAGAACAGAAAAGGAGAAAGCUUCACUAGAUUCCCUUACACAUCAGCUGGCAGCAAAACAGAGUGAAGAAGGAAAAUUCAACCAUAGCAUGAUGGAUUUCAAUAUGAGUGGAGAAUCAGAUGGCAGUCCAAGUGUGUCUGAUUCCCGGAUGUUCCGAGAAGCCAGAGGCCGAGGCAAUGGUGAACCUCAUAUCAAGCGCCCCAUGAAUGCUUUCAUGGUCUGGGCAAAAGAUGAGAGAAGAAAAAUUCUACAGGCUUUUCCAGAUAUGCAUAAUUCCAAUAUCAGCAAAAUCCUUGGAUCUCGAUGGAAAGCAAUGACAAAUCUAGAAAAGCAGCCUUACUAUGAAGAACAGGCCAGACUUAGUAAACAGCAUCUGGAAAAGUAUCCUGAUUACAAGUACAAGCCAAGGCCAAAACGCACUUGCCUAGUAGAUGGCAAGAAGUUGAGAAUUGGAGAGUACAAGGCAAUUAUGCGCAGUCGGCGGCAGGAAAUGAGGCAAUAUUUUACUGUUGGGCAGCAAGGACAGAUCCCCAUAACAUCAGCAGGAGUGGUUUACCCAGGUGCAAUUGCAAUGGCAGGGAUGCCUUCUCCGCAGAUUCCAUCAGAACACUCUAGCAUGUCCAGCAGUCCUGAGCCUACUCUCCCAGUCAUCCAGAGCACUUACUUGCAUAGUAUAAAAUCCGAGGAGUCACGUGUCAAGGAGGAGCUCCAGAUGGAUGACAGCAAUGGAGAUGUGUAUGAAGACUUUGACUAUGAGGAUGAAGAUGCAGAUUAUGGCAGUGACAGUGAAAAUCACAUCAGCACCCAGGGUGACUGAUUAGGACAUGUGCACAGUCAGCGUUGUGACUUUUUUUGCCUCUGCUAACAGAAUUAUCACCUCUCCUUCAACCCUGCUUGUCCACCUUGACACUCUUAAAGAACUAGAUCUCCUUCUUCACCACUUGGGUGACCAGAUACCAGCGGCCAAGCACAUUCAUUUUGUCAUACACUGACUGUUACAUAAACAAGAAAAAAAGUCUUAAACUAGUAAGAACUUCUUAAAAAUUCUUGAUCUGAGUUUGCAAAGCAGGCUUCAGGAAAAAAAGAAAGAUAAAGAAGUAAAUAAGCUAUGGUUGAAAAAAAUAAUAAAUAAAAAGAAGAAAAAAGAUGCCAGUAAUUCAGCUGCUAUGCCCAAGCACUGAAGUCUUACCCUUUUGACCUGUUUAUCAAAAACUUUAAACGGCUGUUUGUUCUACAACAUUCUAUAAUAUUCUCACUCAGGUACACAGUGCCAACAAGUGGCUUGUGAAUGUGUUUUGUUGUUUUUGUGCUACAGUUUAAGAAUUACAAAAAAAAAGAAGAAAAAAAACUUUUUUUUUUUUAAGAAAAAAAUGCACCUGACAGAAAGAUUAAUGCUUCCCUCAAAUUCUUUGAGGGAUUUAUUUUCUUGAACCUAGAUGAACUUUAAUCGCAUCCUUUUUUCUGAAAAUUUUACGCCAUUCAUUGCACAUACCAACACCACAUCUUAUAGGAAGUGCCAAAUUUGUACUAAGUGUUAAAAUAGGUGACCUUUUUAAUCCUGGACGUCUUAAGUUAGUACAGUGUUGUGUCUUAGACAAUCCCAUAUAAUCCUGAUGUACCAGCAGCUUGUGGUUUUUUUUAGUUUUUUUUUGUUUUUGUUUUUUUUUUUUCUUUCUCAUUAUUUUUAUUUAGAAAGUUGUAGGUGCAGUUCUCAGGUGAAGAAAGAGAGACAGAUAAAACAAAUGAGAUACAUUUUCAGUUUGUAAAGUCUCAUGGAAUUUCUUUUUGCGAAUGUGUGUGUGCGUCAAUGUGGACACGUAUGAGUGUGUAUGUGUGUGUGUCCGCGCACUAGUUAUGGUACUAAUAAUGUUCUGGACCAUUAUUAGCAAGUUUGUGAUGGGGAUGAAAUUUCACUUCUUCUGUUUUCAUUUGAUCAUAUCAUUUGGAUAAUGGCAUUGUAUAGAUGCUUAAUGCUGGAACAGUUGCACUUCUUGUGGAAGGAUGUUAGCUGAGGUACUAUAAAUAUGAAAAGACCCAGGGGAGAUAAGAAACCUUCCAUCUUAUAACCCUAACAUGUACAACUUGAAUUAGAGCUUCUGCUUUAGGUGUAUGCCGUGAAAAGAGCUGUAUACAAUGCUGCACUCUUAGUAUUGCUUAUGUGGCUAGUAUAUAAUUUAAUUUCUUGUCAGUGAGAUCUAUGCACACAUGAAAGCACUACUGACGAAUGUUUUUCUUUUGUCUUUUAAGUUUACAAUUUGUUAAGGCAGGGGUCAUUGCAUAUUGAAUUUAUGAAAAAUGUAAAAUUUGAGAACAGAAUUUUUGAAAACAAAAAAACUUACAGCCCACUGGUAAUUAUUUUGUCAAUGCAAAAGAGUAGAUUCCACCAGAAACCAAAUGUGAAAUAAGGACAGUUAACGUAAUGGCAGUAGGACUUGCUGUAUGCCACAAUCCAAAAGUUAAAAGGCUCAUUGUGAUUAAUCUCAAAAAGAAGAGUUUUGUAACACUUGAUGUCAAAGAGGUGCAUACAAGUAGGAAUUAAGGUUAAAUUCUUCUUCUUUUAUUUUCAUUCAUAAUUUCAAAUAUAUUUUAACAGUAUCAACAAAGACUAAAAACAAAAUAAAAAAAUGUGGAAACUACAUUUAUUAGCUACGCGAAUGUAUUACAAAAAGGAUGUGUGACUUGUUUAAAUAUGAAAAUUGGCACUUAAGUCUUAAAAAGUUUUUAACUCACUGAGCAUUUUACUAAAUAGAAUUUUCCUUCAAGUAACUGAAAAACAUCAAAGAGAAAUGUGAUGUUAUAAUGUGUGCUCCAUUUUAUUGAUCUUCAUUUUAAUUUAGCAUAAACAUUCUGGCAAAGACAGUUAGAAGUUCAGCAUCUUAAUUUGUGGAGUAAACAUUUAUUGUAAUUUAAUUUUGGAAAAAGGUGAAUUUUCAUCCCUAUCACUCCUUAAAGAGUUUUUUUUUUUUUUUUGGUGAACUCGCUCUGCUGUGGAGGUUCCGUGUAGCUGAUCAUAAUUUUGCAUGUCAGUGUUUUGUUUGUAUUUGAAGACUGUAUUUUUUCAAUUGAACUGCCUCUAGUGUAAUAAUAUUAUUAAUAAUUAUUAUAAUAAUGGUCAGCUGUUCCUCCUUUAGUAAGUUAUGUAUAAUUUAUUUUUCCUCUUUUUCUUUUAUAUUAUCUUGUGAAACUGCUCAGAGCAUUGCAGCAUUACUUAUUGCUGGUAGAUAUUUAAGCCUGGUAUUUAGAGCUACAUGUUUCUUUUGUUUGUUUGUUUUUGUUUGUUGUUUUUUUUUUGUUGUUUUUUUUUUUUUUUUGUAUAAUUUUUGGUCCUAUUUACGUCUUUAUUUUGUUCUUUUUUCAAAGGAAUAGGUUUAAAUGGACUGCUGUUGCAAAGGAGAAAGUCUUUUUUUCUGUCAUCACUCAUAUUUUGACUUAAUCACAGUCAUCAGUCAUAUUAAACUUCUUUCUUGAAGCACUCUGUAUGACAAGAAGAGCAUAGAGAAUUUUUUUGUAUCAAUUUAUGUACAAUGUGAAAACAUUUUUUAAGGAAAAAAUAUAUUGUUCCCCAUUUUUGUGAACAAAUUUUUAUUUUUGACUCUUGUGAGUUUCCUGCUCACAUUUGCUGGGAAUAUAUUUGAAACUCUUUGGAACUUCAUUAGUCAGUACGUCAGUUAUGUGCAAAGUUCUACACAAGCCUAUCUUAAUUAAGUAUUUAUAUUUAAGGUUUAUAGUCAUUUUAAGACAUUCAAAAAGUAUAAGUUCUAUCUUUAAUUAUCAAACACUAUACAUACAUUUAUUUAUUUAACAGCAGCUUGGUAUACUUUAAUGCACUGGGCUGCCACUGUGUGGCAUUUUGGUGAAUAAAAUGCAGUUAGACUUCAAAGUAAACCUUGUACUUUAUUUCUUUGCACAUACUCUUGGUGAUAAUGAAGUUCCACCAGUUUCCCCCGCUAUGGAAGGUAAAUUGUUUUAUUUAUGUAACUCUAGACCUAGGAAGACUACUUUGUUUUAGCUCCAGAACAUGGUGCAUCCAGUAUAUUUAUCAGAUACUGAAAAAUCAUUUUGGAUAAGUGUGAUUUUGCACAACCAUAGUAUAAUUGGUUUUUCAAUAGCAUGUAUUUUUGCUAGGUAGAGCUUUGCUGAUGGUGCUGUCCUAGUAACAUACUGUAAGAAGAAGUACACAUAUGACAUGCAGGCUUACUUGGUAUCAGUGAUUUCUAUGAACUGAGAGGUCUGCAGUUACGAAUUGCAUCUCAUUAACAGUUCAAGAAGUCAUGUAUAUCUUGUUAUAUUAUGAAUGUUGCCAUUUUGAGUAUCUUUUGUACAUAACAAAUGCCUUUUGGUUAAAAUUCAAUCCACUCAUAAAUGGCAGAGAAGUCUCCAGUGACUUAUCCACUAAAUAAUAUUUAGCAGCACCAUCAGCAAAUAUUAGUCCUCCUUUUGGUAUUUUGACCAUGCUGUUCAAAAUAUGUCUAUUAAAAAAAUAUGGUAACUGAAUGCGUGAUACACAUCUACUAGGCAGUACAAUGAUCCCAAUAGCCUCUAUUGGCUCUAAAAAGUAUGAUAAAAUAACCAUCAUUGCCACAUAUGUGUUAUUAUAUUGCAAAAAAAUUAAACGAGACAAUCAAAUGAUAGUAAUCAAAUCAAAGAAUGGAGCUUAAAACAAAGUAUAAAAUAAUUUUACCAUCUCAACUUGAAAUUAAAAAUAAAUAAAAUUAUGUAAAUAUAACAUAGAGUUAUAGAUUUAUAUUUUGUUCAUAACACAUAGUGUAAUAUAAGUUGUAUAUUUCAUUUUUUGUUGAUGUUAUUCAUGCCACAAUAAAACAGGAGUUGAUGUACUCUUACAAAAAAAAGAAAAAAAAAAACAAAGAUGUGGGUUGCCACCAUCUGUUUUUGAGUUCACUUUUUCAGUAUUAUUGCCAUCUAAGGCUAUAAUAAAGGCGGCAAUGUGUUCUGUAAUCUCUAAUGCUUUGGUUUUAAUUAUUUGUUCUGCUAUAUACAGAAUAUUAAACUUAAUGUUUCAUUUGCA